CGGCUCGCCAUUAGACCUCUUGCCAAUCGCGCCCUCUAACCUGCCCAUGCCGGGGGGCAACAGCAGCUUUAACCAGCAGGUUCGUUCCAAGGUGAGGGAGAUUGAAGAGCAGAUCAAAGAGAGAGGACAGGCGGUGGAGUUUCGCUGGUCUUUCGAUAAGUGUCAGGAGACGACAGCAGGUUUCACCAUCAGCCGGGUUCUGCAUACGCUGGAGGUUUUGGAUAACCACAGCUUUGAGAAGUCUGACUUCAGCAAUUCUCUGGAUUCGCUGUAUAACCGGAUCUUUGGCUCGGGACAGAGCAAAGAUGGACACGAG